AUGCCUCCUGAUGUAAUUCAAUUUCGUCCUACCUUAGCACCUCUUCAAUUUUCUUCACAACUUACAUUAAAGCAACGUUCUAGCCCAAGAGAUCAUCGCCAAGGAAUGAACCUCACCAACAAAAAGAAACUCAUGCCUAUCCUUCUUUUGAUCCUUUCAAUCAUAUCAAUACUCAGGCUUCUGAGCCUCAUUCUCCGCACUUCAUCAUCUGCUACUAUGUCUCCACCACCCAGUUCUUCACUUUUUUCCACUCACAACAAAGUUGCAAAACAUGCACCCGAUUCCUCAAAGCACCCCAAUUCCACCCUAACUGAAAAAGAGUUCAAAGUUCUCUCAAACCUCGUUGCUCUUAAAUCCCCAAGCAACCUCCUCAUAUUUGGGUUCCAACCGCAGUACCUUACCCUCUCUUCAAUGAAUGCACCUGGAAGCACCAUCUUUCUUUAUGAUGACAUGAUAGCCAAGGUAGCAACAAACUCCAACAACACUCAAACAUACAAACUUGGGUAUAAUGUGCCAUCUAAAAAGGCUUAUAAUUUGCUCAAACAUGCAAGGCAGAACCAAUUAGCUUGUGCACCAAGUUACCCAAAACUACUGCUUCAGAAAUCGAAAUGUAAGCUUGCAUUGAUGAAUUUACCUGCAGAAGUGUAUGAAAAGAAGUGGGAUAUCAUUGUGGUAGAUGGACCCAAAGGGGAUUCGCCAGAGUCACCGGGUAGGAUGGGUUCUAUAUACACUGCUAGUGUUCUAGCUAGAGCUGGGAAUGUUUCUGACGUAGUUGUGCAUGAUGUGGAUCGUAUGAUAGAGAAAUGGUUUUCCUUGGAGUUUCUCUGCCAUGAGAAUUUGUUGUGUUCUAAAGGGAAAUUGUGGCACUUCAGGAUCAGUGGUCACUCCAAUUCAACAACGUUCUGCACUUCCUGA